AUGUUGACUGCAUUGCUCAUGACAGCUCCUUUCGCCCUUGGUGAUGUUGAAAUUGAGAUUAUCGAUAAACUGAUUCCUGUUCCCUACGUUGAUAUGACUUUGAAACUGAUGAGCGCUUUGGAGUCCAUGUGGAGCACAGUGUUUCCUACCAAGUCUCCUGGGAAUGCUUUUGUUGAAGGAGAUGCUUCUAGUGCCAGCUACUUCCUCGCAGGUGCAGCUGUUACCGGUGGGACUAUCACAGUUGUAGGCUGCGGCACAAGUAGUUUACAGAAUCAUCCUGCUGUUGUUGUGCCUAGGCUUCCUGCUGGUUUGAAUUUGCCUGGCCCAGGUGAGUUCUUUCAAAUGUUCUUUUUCAUUCCGCACUCUGUGAAGAACCCUUUAAUUAUUUUAUUUUUGUUCUAAUCUCUGUUUGCU